GUGCAAUCAGAUAUCCAUAUGUCAUCAUCCAACCUGGCUCCAUUUCAGGAUAUAACCAACAAGCAAACCCAAAGAGGUAAAAAAUAUUACAACGGUGAGGACAAAAUUAUGGUGCUAUAGUAAAGUCUGCUCUAUAUGCAGAUCCUAAAGAGGUCAAGAGGCAGAGGGAGAGAGAAAGGUAUGCACAAAAUAAAGACGAGAUCUUAAAGCGCCGACGGGAAUUACGGGAACUCAAAAAACAGUCAACGACCACCGUCAAUGAUGAAAACAUGUUCUGUCCUACGCAGGCCAUUACACAAUCUGGAGUCACCCAGAUACAAACUGAAGGUAUGGCUCCAGUUCAACGUGAUGCAUCUCAAAUAUCUGUGCCACACACUUCACAGCAACAUGAGGUCUUUUCUUUGGUGUGUGAUGACGAUGAGUCCGAGUGGCUGCAUAGAAAUGAUGCAUACCGCAUGCAGGUGACAGCAAGAGGAAAUGCCCACACAACAGGAUCACCCACCCAGUUAUCGGGUUGCAGUAAUGUUUCACUCGAUCUACCGGCAGCAUCUGGGUCACGAUCUGGUAUGUCCGCACCGGUUAACAUUCUUACAAACAAAUGUAACUACCCGAGUCGUGAAGGUAAAAACAAGCAGACUGGUCGAGGGUGGUAUGCUCGAUUAUCUGAUGAUAAAAAGGCGGAGCACUUACAGAGGCUGCGCAUAGCACGACAGGAAAAAAAAGAAGCAACAAGGAAAGAUGCCGACAUGUCUCAAAGGUCAGCUGCUUAUUUCCCGAGUUCACCAGCUAUCCCACUCAGCAACGUCACCAACAGACUAACAAAUGAUACUGGAAGUACAUAUGUCAGCAUGACCAGGAAUUUUCAAACGCCAUGCAGAGAUUCAACUAUGAAACACGUGUCCACAUCCGCAGAAUUUAAUGGACACCAGAGCUUCCUAGAGAAGAAUGCAUCUUCUACUGAUAAGAAACGUCAACAUGAUAGAGAAAUCUACUCGCUAAUGUCAGAUGAACAGAAGCAGGAGUGUUUGCGCAAGAACCGUGAGUACAAGAAAUGCAGACACGGAAGCGGAGCAAAUUUUACCCAACAAACCACACCGGCCAUGGAAGCACAAUCAUCCAAACAUUACCAAACAGCAUUUCUCGAAGACACAAAUAGUGACGAAGAUUUUGAUCCUACUGGGAUCUUUGAACCAAAUGAAGAAGGUGUUGUAUUCGAGGAUAACUUGGACACCUUCCAAGAGGAAGAAGCAAUACAUAACAAUGAUGAGGGGUGCAGAAUUUUUAGUGCUACAGGAGAUGUGUUCGAUUCAUGGCCAGUGACAUGUGGCAUUCCACCAUGUAACCAGAAUGCUGAUCCUUAUGACUAUGUCUACCACAAUCUACCAACCAAGCAUCAUGUGUUGAAGCCUGUAGAUGAUUGUGAACAUUGCGGAGCAAUGAGGCUGCAAUAUGAGGGUCCCGCUUUCUGUUGCAGAAAAGGAAAGGUCAAGAUAGUUACACCAGAAGUUCCUGACGAGUUGCACCGGUUGUUUACAAGUCAGGUUGAUGCUGAUGCAAAAUAUUUCAGAAAGCACAUACGAUAUUUCAACACCCACUUCUCCUUCACAAGGCUUGGAGUCACCCUUGAUAAGACGGUCAGCAAUGCGGCGAGAACCGGUGUUUAUACAUUUGUAGCACAAGGGGCAAUGUAUUAUAAGAUGGACGAUCUGGUGCCUGGUGGUCAAGGACCUAGAAAUCUCCAGCUCUACUUCUAUGAUACAGAUGAAACCUUGGACAUAGAAUCAAGCGGUCUCCAGAUCUUGAUAUCAAUAUCAUACGGAAGAUCCUGGAGAUACUAG